AUUAAUUUUUGUUUCAAAACCUUCCCCUUUUGCAUUAAACCCCAUUCCUCGCUUCUCUCCUUCUGAUAACAAACGUACAUGUUACCGUGUUGACUGCUUUCUAAUUCUUCCAAAAAUGGGCGUUGCGAUGCAUGUGAAGUCCGACUCAGAAGUAACCAGCAUCGAUGCCUCAACGCCGCCGCGCUCUCCACGCCGGCCGUUGUAUUACGUGCAAAGCCCAUCACACUCACAACAUGAUCUUGAGAAAAUGUCGUAUGGCUCCAGUCCGUUCGGGUCACCCACCCACCAUUUCCACUACCACUGCUCGCCCAUUCACCACUCGCGUGAAUCCUCCACUUCAAGAUUUUCCGCUUCCUUGAAAAAUCCUAGAAACUCGGGCGGCGGGUGGCGGCGGGUGCAGAGAAAAUACAAUGAGGUUGGGGAUGAAGUGGAGGAGGAUGGAGAGAGUGAGGGGGAUGAUGAGAGGAAGGAGAACGGGCAAGUCAUGUUUUAUGUGGCAUGCUUCUUGUUCUCGUUUUUGGUGCUUUUCACCAUAUUUUCUUUGAUUCUUUGGGCUGCGAGUUUGGCUUAUAAACCCAGGAUAAUUGUCAUGAACAUCUCUUUUGAGAAUUUCAAUGUACAAGCGGGGAUGGAUAGUACCGGGGUGCCAACAGAUAUGUUGACAUUGAAUUCAACGGUCCGGAUUUUCUACAAGAAUCCAGGCACCUACUUUGGCGUCCACGUGACAUCAACUCCUCUUGAGCUUCACUAUUUUGACCUCAAAGUUGCCUCUGGCCAUAUGAAAAAGUUGUAUCAGCCGAGGAGGAGUUCGAGUAAAGUGAUAGUAGUAGUUCAGGGGCACCAGGUGCCACUUUAUGGUGGAAUUCCAGUGCUUAGUGAUGCUGAAGGUCAUCUUGAAACCGUGUCUGUGCCACUAAAUCUGACAUUUGUAAUGAGGUCAAGGGCCUACAUUUUGGGAAGGCUGGUAAAGACAAAGUUCUACAAGAAAAUCUUAUGUGAAGUUGCCUUGAGAGGUAACCAUCUGGGCAAGCCUCUUAAUUUGACCAAAUCUGAAUCUUGUGUUUAUCGUUAGUAGUGAAUGUUUAACGCUUGUCUCUUCAUUGCUUUCCUUCUAACGCAUUUGCCAAAUGUAGAAUUUUGUCAUUUUAUAAAAAAUGAGGAAAACAAUUUUUGGGAAAAGUAUUUCUGAUUUAUAGUGAGUGCAUCUUCUGUCACAGAGCUCAUUCUUGUAAAAAUUUCAGUGGAUACAUGAUACGGAUAAAUGAUAAUUAUCCAUUCUGAGUGACAAGAUUGACUUAACAGGAAUUCUCUCUGUAUUUGAUCUUGGUUGGGCCUAACUGAAGUAGUACUCCCAGGAUAAUGGGACUUAAAAGGCUUGCACUUAGCCUCUCCUCUCUACUUGUUUGGGCUCUUUUUAGUAGCCUUUGGG